ACGACACGAAUCUUCUCAUGCACGAAUCCUUGCAUAUAUAAUUCGCAAAUGACUAUCGAAUAAUGAUAAUUUGUUCCUGUGGUCUAUAGGAAGGAGUUUCGUGUUCAGCAAUGCCAGAUCCUUGUUGCAGUGAGAAAUGUGUGUGUGCGGAGGGAGGGUGCCAGAGGGGGUGUGUCUGCCCGAACUGCCGUUGUGAUCCGUGUGCCAAGUGUUCAACAGGCUGCCCGUGUCCCUCAAAGGAAGAAUGUGCCAAGCAAUGUGCAAAGCCGUGUAAAUGCUGCCCCUGAGUACGCUUAACAUCACCCCACAUUAUGCGUUGCUGUUCGGGUCGAGACUGUUGACGAAGUAACUCAUGAUUUAUUUUAUUUUAUGGUGUGUGAGACUUAGGGGGGGGGGGAGGGAUAAGUGUUAAUAUUGCGUUGUUAGUGAUGUUUACAUAGGGUGAAAUUGAGGAGUGGUAUCAAUCGGUUUGUUAGUGCUUGUUUAAGGUUGAUAUGGGUGACUGUGUUAUUCUAGUUCACCUUUCUUGUUUAUGGUAAAAUUGGUGAUGUUAUUUUUCAUAUAUCAUUAGUCUUCAUCUGUCAUUGUACUUUAUUCUUUAUGGUGAAUGUGAUGUUACUGUAUUAUCGUUUUUUGCUUAUAGUCAAAUUAUUGAUGGUGAACGAAUAAAGAAAAAAAUACUUAU